AUGGCGGCCGAUGUUUUGCAAAUUGUCUCUUAUCUCCUUGCUAAUGUAUCGGAUUUCAAUUCGGCGCUACGUCUACCAUGUUACUCAUGUAUGAGCCCAUAUCUAGAGGACCACUAUCCAUACAUAUCACAUCUUUACCGGAAACCCCUUGCUUUCGAUGUUCAUUGCGAUAAACAUAGCUUAGACACCAGUUAUCUCUAUUCCAAGAAUUGUUCCGACAUGUGUGUUACUCUUCGAAUCAAUGAUGUUGUAGGGGGUAGGCGGCGACACGGAUAUAUGCGGGGUUGUCUAUCGGAUUUGCACGGAUACAAUCAUUCGCUGAUUAGAACUCUUGCUGAAAGACAAGGAUGUUUGGAGACAACAGCUCGCGAACUGUUUCUCCCAACAGCCCAACGUCAAGAACUGGAGCCAUCGCGUCUUUCACUGUGUGCAUGCCAUAAUAAUCUCUGUAAUUUUUCCGUGUCGCCGCCUUGUCUUUUCAUUUUCCUCUUUGUCAUUCUUGUCAUUUUCCUAAUGCGCUGA